GUAAACCGGCCUAUGAGAUGCUGGAGUCGGAUCCAGACUGGGUCCCGUCUCUGCACCUGGGUCACACUGAGGGACAACACAGACACCCGGAGCGUCCCCUCCAUUCUGCUCCACGGGACGGACUCCAGGUCAGAAGGCGCCGCAAGUGUCCGUCCAAGUCCACGCAGAAGGACAGAGACCAGAUCAAAAAGCGCCUGAAGCGUCUCCUUCAGUCUGCGCAGCAGGACAGAGCUCACAACCAAAGAUGUCCUGCAGAGAUGAGACCCUCGCAGGAGACAGAGACAGCAGCAGCAACAGGUGCAGAGCGUCCGUCGGUGCGCCCCUGGAGAGAGGUGAAGUCUCUGCUGCAGUCGGCUCUGCAGCGUCAGUCCAACUUCAGCAAGCAGCCGGCCAAGAAGAGCGACCGCGACUUCAGAGAGUUCUUCAGAGACGCUCUGGAAGCUGCUCUGGAGGCGUCCAGCAGGUCCAGAGCUUUUGCAGCGUCCUCCGGAGACGCCAGCAUGAGCUUUAAACUCCCACCUGUGAACCAGCCCUCCUCCUCCUCCUGCUCCUGCUGCGCCUCCUCCAGCUGUGUGUGCUGCGCCAGGCUGCAGAGGAGGAUCAUUGAGCUGCAGGAGAAGCUGUCCCGUCUCAGAGGAGGACAGGAGGACAUGGAGACCUCACCUGUCCUCUACGAGGCUCCGGUCCAAUCAGAGCAGGAGCUGCAGAGUCCUGAGGAGCAGGAGGAGGAGGAGAAGGAGGAGGAGGAGCCUGCAUGUGAGUCUGAAAAACCCCCGAAUGAUUCUGUUGGGAUGAUGAAGAGACAUCGACUGUUUUUAUCGUUUACACAAAAAAAUAUGAAUCA